GAGAGAGAGAGAGAGAGAGAAAUCGAACGUAGAAAGUGUAAAUGUGACAGUUUAUUCUGUGGUAGUUUAAAAACAUAACCUGGAAAUUGAAACUAUAAUUUCGUUAAUAUAUAUCGCUGGACAUUUUAAAACGCAAAAAAAAGAAGAUUGCGAAAAAUUUAGUUAUUUAAAAUUUUGAAUUAUAUGUAACGUGUGUGUAACAAACAUAGUAGUUAAAACUGUAGGCACGUGACUGAAGUGAUAUUAAAGAGAAGUACUAAAUCUACACUAAAAAUCAAUAUUAAAUUUUUUAUUAGCAGAAUUUACUGCUUAUGAACGAAAAUAUUUGACAUUUAUGUCGGUUGUUAAUCUUUCUACAAUAUCGCAAUUUUAAUACAAUAGCUACAAUCAUGUCAAGCUUAAAGGAAGUGACAGAGUUACAAGCAUUCAAAACAGUCUUAUAUCAUAGUGUGAUAAUACUCGCGUUACCUGUAAUAGCGUUCUUUACAAGCAAGAUUUUCCUUUUUGAUGGUAUAUUUGGUCUCAACAAUGUGCCAAGUAAUGUAUAUUCAGCUGGUGUUGCAGUAGUAGUGUUACAUAUUGCCUUAGGAGCAUUUAUAUACAAAGCAUAUUUUGACGAUCGAUCGAAAACAUCAGCAGUCAAGAUAGAUUAAUUCUUUAUUAUUAAGUACACCUUGGUGACCAUACAUUUAUGACAUAAUCACAGUCAAUAUAUUUGUUUUGGAUAGCAUUAAAGUGAAACUUUGAUAUGCUGGUAUUACAGCAUAUCUCUUAAUAUGAUUUUUCCUCUCUUGUUAUAAUUAAGUUAUCAAUAGUUGCUAUUUAAUUAUUAUGCUAUUAUCAAAAUUGACAAACCAUAUGCUAAUACAAUGCAAUAUAUGUAUUUAUGUAAAAGUGAAAUUUCCACACAAAAAAAUGUAUAUUCUAAAAUUUUUUCAAUAUUACACAAGUUCAUAGUGUGUAUUUCAAAUAUAUUGUUUGAUGUUCACACAAUUGUUAAACUAUCAUAUGUAUAUUUCCACUUGUGUGAACAAAAAUAUAAUCAUGCAAUGGAUUAAUAUGAUUUUUUGCUAAUAAAGUAUAAAUUAUUAUCAUUUACGCAAUUUCAUUCUUUAUAAAAUAAUGUAACUAUAGCAAUACAAAUUGCAAUAAUUUGUGCAUUUUUAAAUUAAAGAGCAAGAUAGAUGCCCAUAUUUCUCCCUUUAUACAUAUAGUGAGGAGUCAGAGAUUGAUAUUUAUAUUGUAUAAUAUAGUCAGAAUUCAUAAAUUUAUAAAUUUUGAAAAGUUCAAGAUAUUCACUGCAUCUCAAUGUAAUAUAAAUGCAUUAUAAUUAUUGAUUAUCGAAAUAAUAAAUAUCGACUAUUAACACAAUUAUUGAAUAAUCAUAAUAUUGUGAAAAAAAAGAAAAAACAUUUUGUUAUUAACAAAUUUAUUUGGGUUUUUUAUUUAACAUAAUUGCAAAUAAAAUAAAGAACGUAUCAUUUUUUAAAUGUGUAUAUAAUAUAUUACUAUAUACACAUAUUAUAGAACUAAAAUAUAAAUUAUGAGAAAUUAACAUUUACGUUUCCGUAUGAACAUUUACGUAUGAAAACUUAAAUAUUCAGUAAAUGAAACUCAUCUAUUGAUAUAUGGCAAUUUCUAAAUAAUGAUAACGAAUUUUGAAUAUCAUAUUAUCUCACUAUGAUGGUCUCUACGUUAUAAACUUAUCUUAAUAUACAAAAAUCACAAAAGUAAUUUAAUAUGUGUAAAAUGUACAAACACACACAAAAAAAAGAAAGUUUGUUGUGGAAAAUUUUAUCAUUUGAAGAAACAACGUAUUUUUUAACACAUUUUUUACAUCUUGCUAAUACUAAUUAUAUUUUAUACACGCGUAAUUUGCGACUUUUAGUUGCUAAAAGCAGUGUAGGAAUAAAGUUAGGCGCGAGAGUGAAAUAUGGACUUCCGUCUAUUUUCUAUUUUGUAUAUUCUAGAAACAACUAAAUUUUUGUUAUAAUUUCUAUAUACUGUGAGAUACAAUGGCUUCCGAUUAUAAGCGAUUUUUCAUUCUA